AUGCAGCCUAGCCUGUUUACCCUUUCGGUAUGCCUGAUAUGGCAUACGGUCCUCGGAGCGCCUCCGCCCGUAGUAGAAACUGCUGAUAUGGCAGCAAACAUGAAGAAGUUCCAGGAAGGUGAGUGGAUGAGUAGUUUGGAUUAUAUUGUUCUUCAGUCUAUAGUCUGGCCACUCAGUUGAUGAAUCUUGGAGGAAAUAUUUUGAAUAACGCGAACGGAGCGGGAUCUUCCACUUCGUCGUCUUCAUCAAGAUUAUCGAGUUUUUCCAACGAUUACUCAUCCUCGUCCGGGAACGGGAUCUUAGGCGAAGUGGUCAGGCCGCAGUUCCGAGGUAAGUUGUCUAUCACGUUGAAAUGGUUCGUCUUUCAGGCGUUUCAAACUACGAGCCCCCGGAGCGAGCUUCCCUGGGGUCAUUUGGGGGCAGCUCUCUUUCCGAAUACGGAGGUGGUCCCCUCGGAGCUGGGAGCAAAUCACAACCUCGCUCCAUAAUGGACACAUUACUCGGCAGUUUCUUAGGUGAGAAAUACCUCCGAUUUGGUGUCUUAUUUCACUUUUUAUGACUGUUUAUUCUCUUUGCAGGAUCAUCUCUGGGAUCGGGGUCUGGCUCUUCCUCUUCUGGAGCAGCUUCGAUCUUCCAGCCUUCUUAUGAAGAGUAUGGAGAGCCCAAGUCGAGGUUUGGAGGGACUCAAGGCUCCAAUAUCGAUGCCAUUGUGGACGCAUUAUCUCGAGGGGGAGCCAAAAGGGCCACCCCCGAACCUGACUCUGGGCUGAAUGCGGGAUCUCUGAUCAGCCAAUUCUUUGGCGGUGGUCGAUGA